GAUUAGAUGAGUGACUGGGGACUUGAGAGGCGGUCGAAGAGAAAGGGAAAGAAAGCUCGGAGAUCUCGAGGAUCGAAAAGGGUUGAAGAUACAUGCAAGCUAAAGUUCUGAUGGCAUUGACGCGCGAAAGCUCCACGAGGAAUAACUGCGGAGGCGCGAUCCCGGAUGAUCGACGUGAUUGCCGCAUGACCGCGGCGACGUUUAGCGACGACCCUUGAACCCGCGAGCGAGCUUCGGUCGUGCUCGGCCCAUGCGAGACACGUAUGUCGCCCCGCGCCGCGGACAACUUGUUCCGCCUGGAUCUCUCGGCGAGUCAGUUCAGUGCAGCGCGCGCAAUCCGGUGGGAAUUGUCGUCGUCGUCGUCGUCGACGUCGUCGUGGUCGUACUCCUCAGUACCCUGUCAGCCCGCGAUUCCUCCACGUGGCGCCGGUUCUCCUCGAUCUCGUUAUAUACAUGCCACUCGACAUAGGGGAGGAGGAGAUGCCAAGGUGGAGAACGUAAACGUGGUAUGCUACGCCGUCUUCUGGACACCCUGUACGGUAACGUCGAGCGCGCGUCGGAGUCUUCCGGUACGGCGGCAGGAUCCAGGGAGGAGACUGUCCACUGUGUCAAUUCCUGUAUCAAGUCCGCUCGCGCGAAAGUGAUGUCGGAGACACCGGUGAGCUUUGUCGUCGGGGAGCCCGAGCAUGAGCCCGAUCCUAAUCGCGAUCCCGAUCCUAGCGAGGUGCUGGAGAUCGAGGAUAGCUUCCCGAACGAGAGCAGCGAUAGCGGCAAUUUGCAGACAAAUGCCGCGGAAGGACUGGUCGAACGCCGUAGGCGGCUCAGGCCCAGCAUGUCGCAGGGUACGGUGAUGAUCCAAGCGCAAAAUCGGCUUCUUGAGAAGGACUUUACCGUUGCGACUCCCGAAGAGUUUGUCCAUCGUUUCGGAGGCACCAGAGUUAUCAACAAGGUGCUGAUCGCCAACAAUGGUAUCGCGGCAGUUAAAUGUAUGCGAUCAAUUCGACGCUGGUCAUACGAGAUGUUUAAAAAUGAGAGAGCUGUGCGUUUUGUGGUGAUGGUCACGCCGGAAGAUUUGAAGGCGAACGCGGAAUACAUCAAAAUGGCAGAUCAAUACGUGCCUGUACCGGGUGGGAGCAACAACAACAAUUACGCUAAUGUGGAACUGAUCGUCGAUAUCGCGAUACGUACUCAAGUCCAAGCAGUUUGGGCCGGAUGGGGCCAUGCUUCGGAAAAUCCUAAACUUCCGGAGCUACUCCACAAAAAUAACAUCUGCUUUAUUGGACCGUCCGAGAAAGCCAUGUGGGCUCUAGGUGAUAAGAUCGCAUCGAGCAUAGUCGCUCAAACCGCGGAUGUCCCAACGCUUCCCUGGUCAGGAUCGGAAUUGACAGCGCAAUACAGUGGGAAAAAAAUCAAGAUAUCAUCGGAACUUUUUAAAAAGGGAUGCGUUGCCACCGUGGAGGAAUGUCUGGCAGCGGCUAACAAGAUCGGCUUCCCGGUUAUGGUAAAGGCGAGCGAAGGUGGUGGAGGUAAAGGAAUUAGGAAGGUUGAAAACGCUGAGGAAUUACCCGCUUUGUUUAGGCAAGUACAGAUCGAAAUACCUGGCUCACCAAUAUUCAUUAUGAAACUGGCUAAAUGCGCUCGUCACUUGGAAGUACAAUUACUGGCCGACAUUUAUGGUAACGCAAUAUCAUUGUUCGGACGUGACUGCUCUAUCCAGAGGAGACAUCAAAAAAUUAUCGAGGAGGCACCUGCCGUGAUCGCCAAACCAGAGGUUUUCGAAGAGAUGGAAAAAGCCGCUGUGAGAUUAGCAAAAAUGGUGGGAUACGUUAGCGCAGGUACCGUUGAGUAUCUGUACGAUACAGCGGGCAGGUAUUAUUUCUUGGAGUUGAAUCCUCGUCUUCAAGUGGAACAUCCUUGUACCGAGAUGGUAUCGGAUGUAAAUCUACCGGCCGCCCAACUACAGAUAGCCAUGGGUUUACCAUUGCAUCACAUCAAAGAUAUACGUCUUUUGUACGGUGAAAGCCCCUGGGGCGAUAACCCGAUCGAUUUUGACCAACCACGUCAUAAACCUCAACCGUGGGGUCACGUUAUCGCAGCUAGAAUUACUAGCGAAAAUCCUGACGAAGGCUUCAAACCGAGUUCCGGCACGGUGCAGGAGUUGAAUUUUCGAUCAUCCAAAAAUGUAUGGGGCUAUUUCUCAGUUGGAGCUUCGGGGGGACUCCACGAGUUCGCGGACUCUCAAUUUGGCCAUUGCUUCUCUUGGGGUGAAGACCGUAAUCAAGCUAGAGAGAAUUUAGUCAUAGCCCUAAAAGAAUUGAGCAUCAGAGGCGAUUUUAGGACGACGGUCGAGUAUCUUAUCACUUUGCUGGAGACCGAAUCCUUUCUACAAAAUAAUAUAGAUACCGCUUGGCUCGAUUUGCUGAUCUCUGAACGUGUCCGAAGCGACAAACCAGACAUCUUAUUGGCUGUUACCUGCGGAGCGCUUCAUAUCGCUGAUAGAACGAUUACAGCCGCUUUUGCUGGCUUUCAAACUGCCUUGGAGAAAGGCCAGAUACAAGCCAGCAACGAUUUAGAUAACGUUGUUGACGUAGAGCUUAUUAACGAUGGAUACAAAUAUAAAGUACAGGCUGCCAAAUCCGGUCCCAAUACUUACUUUCUCGUGAUGAACGGUUCUUACAAAGAGAUCGAAAUCCAUCGAAUGUCGGACGGAGGAUUGCUGCUUUCGCUGGACGGUGCCAGUUUUACGACUUAUAUGCGUGAAGAGGUGGAUCGUUAUAGGAUUAUUAUUGGAAAUCAGACGUGCAUUUUCGAAAAGGACAAUGAUCCAUCUUUACUGAGAUCACCGUCGGCCGGCAAGUUGAUCAAUUUCUUGGUCGAGGAUGGCGGCCACGUUGGCGCCGGUCAAGCGUACGCCGAAAUCGAGGUAAUGAAGAUGGUCAUGACCGUUACCGCCAGCGAGGCGGGAAGCGUGUUUUAUGUGAAGAGACCUGGCGCUAUAUUAGAAGCCGGUACAUUGAUCGCGCAUCUUGAGCUGGAUGAUCCGUCAUUGGUGACAAAAGCGCAAGAAUAUACGGGACAAUUCAGGACAGCAGCGGGAUCGACUGUACCGGACAAACUGAAUCAUCUUCAUGCCAUGUAUCGAAACGCUUUGGAAAAUACAUUGGCUGGCUACUGCCUGCCCGAUCCGUACCAUUUGCCGCGUCUACGUGAGCGAAUCGAAAAGUUCAUGUUUUCAUUACGCGAUCCUAAUUUGCCGUUGUUGGAACUGCAGGAGGUGAUCGCAACGAUAUCCGGCCGGAUUCCCGUCUCAGUGGAGAAAAAGAUUCGCAAAUUGAUGUCUCUGUACGAGCGAAACAUCACGUCAAUUUUAGCUCAAUUUCCCAGUCAGCAGAUUGCCGCCGUAAUCGAUGGACACGCGGCGACCUUAUCGAAGAGAGCCGAGCGAGACGUGUUCUUCAUGACCACUCAAGCCAUCGUGCAAUUAGUACAAAGAUACCGGAACGGUAUACGCGGCCGAAUGAAGACCGCCGUGCACGAACUUCUCCGACAAUAUUACACAGUCGAGAGCCAAUUCCAACAAGGUCACUAUGACAAGUGCGUUUCCGCGCUGAUAGAGAAGUACAAGGAUGACGUAGCUACAGUGACCGGGAUGAUCUUCAGUCAUAAUCAAGUGACAAAGAAGAACGUACUAGUCACUAUGCUGAUCGAUCAUCUAUGGGCUAACGAACCUGGUCUUACGGACGAGCUGUCGAGCACGUUGACGGAAUUAACCAGUCUGAAUCGCACGGAGCACAGCCGCGUUGCGUUGAGAGCCAGGCAGGUAUUAAUCGCCGCCCAUCAGCCUGCAUACGAGCUCAGGCAUAAUCAGAUGGAAUCUAUAUUCCUUUCUGCAGUUGAUAUGUACGGGCACGACUUCCAUCCGGAAAAUUUACAGAAACUCAUUCUCUCGGAAACGUCCAUUUUCGACAUACUUCAUGAUUUCUUCUAUCAUAACAAUCGUGUGGUGUGCAACGCAGCCUUAGAAGUCUACGUGCGACGAGCUUACAUCAGUUAUGAACUGACAUGUUUGCAACACUUGGAGCUGUCCGGCGAAAUCCCAUUAGUGUAUUUCCAAUUUGUUUUACCCAGCAAUCACCCUAAUCGUCAGAAUCAGUCUCUGGUAGAUCACAGAGCCGGCGCGAUGGCGGCUUUUGAGGAUCUCGAUCAGUUCAGCCAGUACGCGGACGAGAUUUUGGACUUGCUGGAGGAUCUGUCGAGUCCCACACCGGUAAUGUCCGCGAAACUGUUGGAGGCAGUGGAUGCUGUCGGUAGCGAAUCACGGCACAGUACGUCAAUCAACGUCUCCUUGAGCGCGGCUGAGACGGCAACUGCAGCGACAGCGGCGACUAUCAAUGACAAAUUCGCCGAGCCGGUUCACAUAUUGAGCAUCGCGGUUAAAGAGAAUGGCACCGAGGACGACGCCACCAUGGCCAGGAUGUUUGGAGAUUGGUGCGCGAAUAACAAGGACGAGCUGAUAUCCCGCGGCAUCCGAAGAGUUACGUUCGCCGCGCUCACGAGGCGACAGUUUCCCAAGUUCUUUACCUUCCGUCAGCGAGAGGGCUUCGUCGAGGACAGAAUCUACCGUCACCUCGAGCCUGGCUGCGCUUUCCAAUUGGAAUUGAAUCGCAUGCGAACUUACGAUCUUGAAGCACUUCCGACGUCCAAUCAGAAGAUGCACCUGUAUCUCGGACAAGCCAAGGUCGCCAAGGGCCAGCAAGUUACGGAUUAUCGUUUCUUCAUUCGCUCGAUCAUACGACAUUCUGAUCUGAUCACGAAGGAAGCUAGCUUCGAUUAUCUUCACAACGAGGGCGAGCGCGUCUUGCUCGAGGCCAUGGACGAGCUGGAGGUCGCGUUCUCGCAUCCUCUCGCUAAGCGCACCGAGUGCAAUCACAUCUUCUUGAACUUUAUACCCACGGUCAUUAUGGAUCCCAGCAGAAUAGAGGAAAGCGUGACGAGCAUGGUGCUGCGAUACGGGCCGAGAUUAUGGAAGUUGCACGUUCGACAAGCGGAGAUAAAGAUGACCAUACGGCCCGCACCGGGGAAACCGACCUCCACUGUGCGUCUGUGUAUCGCCAAUGACAGUGGCUACAGCAUCGACCUGCACCUUUACACGGAAGCCACCGAUUCCAAGACGGGUAUCAUUCGCUUCGAAUCUUAUUCGCCUACGGCGGCCAAUGCGACCAAUUGGAGGCCGGGUCCUAUGCACGGCUUACCGAUCUCCACGCCGUAUCUGACCAAAGAUUAUCUCCAAGCGAAGAGAUUCCAGGCGCAGAGCGCCGGUACGACGUACGCUUAUGACUUGCCGGACAUGUUCCGGCAGCAACUCGAGAAGCUGUGGCAGAGGUACAUUGAGGAGAGGCCACCGAGCGAAGGUCAAAGUCCGAUUACGAUUCCUAAUCCGGUGAUGGAUGUCGUGGAGUUGGUGUUGGAAGGAGAACAGCUGGUUGAACAGAAGCGACUGCCGGGCGAGAACGAUGUCGGCAUGAUCGCGUGGCGGUUGACUCUGUAUACCCCGGAAUAUCCAUUUGGCAGGGACAUUAUACUCAUCUCUAACGAUUUAACGUACUUGAUAGGCUCAUUCGGGACGCGCGAGGAUCUGGUGUUUUACAGAGCUUCCGAGAGAGCGAGACAGCUCGGGUGUCCGCGCAUAUACUUUAGCGCCAACUCUGGAGCACGUAUUGGCCUGGCCGAGGAGGUAAAAGCUCUUUUCAGGAUCGCGUGGGAGGACGAGAACGAGCCGGAGAAGGGUUUCAGAUACAUAUAUCUCACACCGGACGAUUACGCGCGCUUGGCGCCCCUCAAUUCGGUGAAAGCCUCGCUGAUUGAGGAUCCCGCAGGAGAGUCACGUUAUAAAAUCACGGACAUCAUCGGCAAGGACGAUGGUCUGGGAGUCGAGAAUUUGAAGUACGCCGGUCUAAUCGCGGGGGAGACAUCGAGAGCCUAUGAGGAGACGAUCACGAUUUCUAUAGUGUCGUGCCGUGCAAUCGGUAUCGGCGCCUAUCUGCUGCGUCUCGGCCAAAGGGUAAUCCAGAUCGAAAAUUCGCACAUUAUUCUAACCGGUUACAGAGCAUUGAACGCCGUGCUGGGUCGCGAGGUUUACGCCAGCAAUAAUCAGCUGGGCGGUACGCAGAUUAUGCACAACAAUGGGGUGUCUCAUGCGACCGACGCUCGAGACUUGGACGGAGUGGGGACCGCACUAAAGUGGCUAAGUUACUUCCCUAAAAAUAGAGGCACCCCGUUGCCGAUACUGUUACCCAUCACAGACCCGAUUGACCGAGAGAUCGCUUACGUACCUACGAAAGCGGCCUACGAUCCGAGAUGGAUGCUAGAAGGCAGAAACUGUACCGAGUCAAACGUUUGGGAAAGCGGCUUUUUCGACCGCGGCUCGUGGCACGAAAUAAUGAGGCCAUGGGCGCAAACGGUGGUAACGGGGCGAGCUAGGCUCGGUGGGAUACCGUGCGGCAUUAUCGCCGUCGAAACGAGGACCGUCGAGCUACAUUUACCAGCCGACCCUGCCAAUUUAGAUUCGGAAGCGAAAACCAUAUCUCAAGCGGGACAAGUUUGGUUUCCGGACAGCGCGUACAAAACCGCCCAAGCUAUUCAAGAUUUCGGAAAGGAGGAAUUGCCGCUAUUUAUCUUCGCCAAUUGGAGAGGCUUUUCCGGCGGCAUGAAAGACAUGUACGAGCAGAUCGUCAAGUUCGGCGCGUACAUCGUGGACGGAUUGCGGCAAUAUUGCAGGCCGAUAAUCGUUUAUAUCCCACCGAACGGGGAACUCAGAGGCGGCGCUUGGGCAGUCGUUGAUACUACGAUAAAUCCUCGUUUUAUAGAGAUGUUUGCCGACAAUACCAGUAGAGGUGGCAUCUUGGAAUCCGACGCUAUCGUAGAAAUCAAAUUUCGUACCAAGGACAUUGUGAAAACUAUGCACAGAGUCGAUCUCGUUAUACUGAAAUUAAAAGAAAAAUUGUCGACCGCAAACACGGCGGAGGAACGAACCGAGAUCGAAGCGCAGAUUCGCAAACGCGAGGAGAUUUUGGAACCGAUGUAUCGUCAAGUCGCCGUACAUUUUGCCGAUCUGCACGAUACACCGGAGAGGAUGUUGGAGAAGAAUACGAUUCACGAGAUAAUACCAUGGAAAAAGGCACGCCAGCUGUUUUACUGGCGAUUACGCCGAAGACUUUCCGAGGAAGAAAUUAAAAACGAGAUCUUGUCGACGCAGCCCAGUCUCGACGUCAGACAAGUGGAAGCAAUGCUUCGACGUUGGUUUAUCGAGGACAAGGGAGCAACGGAGUCAUAUUUGUGGGAUCAAGACGAAGCUGCAGCUUGUUGGCUGGAAGCGCAACGUAAAACCGAUGACAGUGUUGUAUCGCGUAAUAUAAUGUGCGUGAAGAGAGACGCGGUAGUAACGCGUAUCAAGGAGGCUUUAGAAAUCUGUCCGGAAAUAAGGUUGGACGCGGUGCUGGAAAUUGCGCAUAGAUUGCAGCCGACCGAACGAGCGGAGUUGCAAAGAACUUUGUCGCAAUUAGAGACUACGGGGCAGGAACACCAUAAGGACUCGAGCGUUUCAUCCUGAAUGCAUUUCUCGUACGAGUAUCCGCUCCAUGCUACGUAUUCAUUCCAACUUGUUAAUAUUUAAAUGCGCAUCAAUAGUACAAUUUAUCAUCAAAGAUAUAUGUAUAAUUAUUCAUAUCAAUCCAAAUAUGUUCUGGUAUUAAGGGUUAAUAAUUGAGCAGGCGAUAUUUCGAGUAGUUUUGUAAGAUUUAAUUUUUUCAAAUUUCGACUGGAAUCUGGCCACGAUCAUGAUCUCUCUUUUGACAUUUAAACGGUCGGAGUAUCCCGAUAGUUUAAAAUUUAGCAAAUUUUAUUUUAAAGUUGAUGAUUCAAGAAAUUGGAAAAAUACAAGGGUGUGUUCCACUUGGCGCUCGCAACACUCUUAGAAUCAUUUCAUCCUUGUUGUUUGUUAAAUGUUAAAUAAGGAUGAAUGAGCUCAUGAGCGUUGUAAGCGCCAAAUGGAACGCACCUUAGGAUAUUGUCCGAUUAACUUGUUAAACGAUUUUCUCAUAAUCUCUUUGAUACAAAGCGCUUCACAUAUUCGAAUAUAUGGAUUUAGGAAAAAAUAGAAAGGUGCGUCACUGUUGUUUCGUGACGAGCUUAUAGAUUAUAAUUGUAUAUGGAAAUAUAAAGAGAUUUAUACCCAAAAUAUCGCAUAUUCCUUCAGUUACAAACUUUUUGAAAUUCUAAAACAAUUUUUCCGUAGGAGAACUUGCCGAUGUAUUUCUUUAUCAUGACCGUUGAAUUUUUAGAAAACAUCCUUCGUAUCCGACUUGUAACAGUAUGUCAUCUUGGUAUAUCUUUUAAUUUUCAAUAUUUCACAAGUUUUUCAUUAAUGCUUGAUUAGUGAUAAUUAAGAUAUGCCCCAAUUUGGGACGUUCUGUACUGUGUAUCUGAAAGAACAUGCGUUAAUAAAAGUGCGGGGAUAUUCUGUAUAUAAUUAUAUACACACGCGCGGGCGCGUACGCGCGCAAAUAUAUAAAAUGUAUAUUUAUUUUUCGAAGGAAAACAUUGUAAGAGACUUUGACAUUGAUGAACAAUAUGCUCGCGCAACUGCCGCAUUUAAAUAACAUUAUCUUACGACAGAUGCAAAAAUGUAAACAUUCUAUGUAUAACGUUAAAUGUUUUUUCUCUAUGUUAAUUUCUUCUUUCUACGUUUUGCGCGGAAGAUAUAUAUUUUCAUUUUCAAACAUUAUCACAUUCUUCAUAAAAAGUGCCAUCGAAGCACUGGAAUUAAAAUUUGUUUAUUGUAACA